AUGUCGCAACAUGAAGAAGCAGAACAGAACCUCACAAACUUUGCUUCCAAAAUGAAGAGAAUGUUAUUCAAAAAAACACCCAACACUUUCGGAAUGUUUACAAUUGCUGGUGGGAAGGCAGUAGAAGAGAACACAAGGAAAGUAUUGGAAAAAUUGAAAACCGACAAUAAAUUACCAACAACAAUUGCCUCCAAUGCUGAUCAAGAUGAAAUUAUGAAUAUUAUUUAUGAAAUUCAAGGGUUGGUUUGGGAGAGUGGAAAGGGACAAGUCAAUCCGAAUAAAUAUGAUGAUGAUGAUCUUGUGGAAGGAUUUGAUGAAGUACAUGAUACGGCUGUGAGAGAACAUAUUUAUAAGGAAAUUAUUAGAUUUAUUGGAGAGAAUUAG